AGAGCUCACACACCUCUUCACUUCUACAAUCUCUGCUUUCAGAAGUCACCGGUCUGAUGUUGUGCUGAAGUGACUAGUGAUCUUUGCGCCAGAAAGGUCGCUAACAAAGCAUAUUAAUUACCUGUAUAAUUUCCUAUCACGAGAAGGAAGCAAUUGCUUCCUUAACACCACUAAUACGUUGUUUACGUUUUUAGUUAUGGUAACUAGCUGGCUAGCAGUGCCACACAGAUAAUGGUUCCCCUAAAACGCAGGAAAGUGACUACUGAACAAACUGCAAGUCAUGACGAAGCGUGUAAAUAUCCAGAUGUUGCUAUAGUCAUCGUGGAAAGGAAGAUGGGUGCGUCCAGAAAGUCCUUCCUGACGCGUCUUGGAAGGAGUAAAGGAUUCCUGAUUCAAGAGUCUUACAGCUCCUCCACCACGCACGUGGUGUCAGAAAACAACACUGGAGAUGAGGUUGACAUUUGGAUUAAGAAACAGAAGGACACAGAAGGAAAAGCCUCAGCCCACUCAGUCAAUCUGCUGGACAUCAGUUGGUUGACUGAGAGCAUGGCGAGCGGAAAUCCUGUCCCCAUUCAGGACAGACACAGGUUAAAGACCAGCCCGAAACCCUUUGAGACCACUCCUGCGGUUAAAAUGAAGAGUUACGCCUGUCAGAGGAGAACUCCACUGAAGCACCACAACUCAUUCCUGACAGACGCUCUGGAGAUCCUAGCCCAGAAUGCAGAGUUCAGUGAGAAUGAAGGCAGGAGCGUAGCCUUCCGAAGGUCGGCGUCUGUCUUAAAGGCACUUCCUCAUGUUGUGCGCUCCAUGGGCGACUUGAAGGAUUUGCCCUGCUUGGGUGAGCAUUCAUUGAGAGUUAUAAAGGAGAUUUUAGAAGAUGGCACGUCAAGUGAAGUGGAGUCGACAAGGCAGUCUGAGCAGUUUCAAGCCAUGAAGGCACUGACCGAUGUUUUUGGUGUUGGAGUUCGGACUGCAGAUCGGUGGUUUAGGGAAGGCCUACGGAGUCCAUUAGACCUCAUUCCUACAGGACAAAAGCUGAACCAUGCACAGCAAGCAGGAGUGAAGUAUUAUAAUGAUCUGAACACACCUGUCACUAAAAAGGAGGCUAUGGUCAUCAGUGACAUCGUAGAGAAGGCAGUAAAAGCUGUGCUUCCCGGGGCAAUUAUUACACUCACGGGAGGAUUCAGAAGGGGUAAAGAGUUGGGCCAUGAUGUUGACUUUCUCAUCACACACCCGGAGGAGGGGGCAGAGGAAAGGCUGAUGCCAAAGAUUGUGAACUGGUUGGAUAAUCAGGGUUUGCUGCUGUACCAGAAAACAACUAGGAAUUCUUACCUAGAGAGUAAAGAUGGACCUGCUCGUCCUGCUAGCAACAUGGACCGAUUUGAGAGAUGCUUCUCUAUAUUCAAGCUUGAACAACUGGAGAGUGAUACACACACCGAAACUUCUUCGUACAACUCCGGCAGGGCGGCUGGAACAGAGGAACGUCACGCAGGGUCUACAUGGAGAGCUGUUCGAGUCGAUCUUGUAGUCAGUCCUUACAGUCAGUUCGCUUUUGCUACGCUGGGCUGGACAGGAUCUAAGCUCUUUGAGAGGGAGUUGAGGCGCUGGGCAGGACAAGAGAAGGGAAUGUCCUUAAGCAGUCAUGCACUCUAUGACAGCAAACAAUCUUCCUGUCUUCUGUAGCAGCGUUAUCUUCGAGCAAACUCUGAAGAGGAAAUUUUCGCCCAUUUGGGCCUGGAGUACAUUCCACCUUCAGAGAGGAAUGCAUGACGCUCUUCAGUCCUGCCCAGAUUUACACUCUACCUCAGCUGAGCAAUCAUUGUGUGAAAUCCUACAGGUUGCCCUAUUGCCUUAUUUAAGAACUUGAAAUGAUGCUUCUUUCAGUCAAUGCUGUGUUAAAAAAAAAAAGAGUGAGAUGAUUAUUAUUAUUAUUAUCAUCAUCAUCAUCAUCAUCAUCACAUCUUGCAAAUGUCCACAUCAUAUGCUGUGAUUUAUAAUUUAUUUGCAAAUUCUGCUUUUAUUAGUUAGUUGGCUUUUAAUUUUUUACAGGGUAUAACGAUGAACUAUUAAUCAUGUCCUUUAAUUAAGAAUUAAAUUCUUUCUUAAUGCUCUGUAAGAAGCGAUGCAUCAAUGGCACAUGCUAUCAUUCAGAAAGACAAAAAUCUACCUUUGUAUUUAUUUAUUGUGAUUUUCUGUAGUUGAACCAUGAAAA